CCUCCCGAAUUCUUCUGAUGACGCUUUCUAGAAUUCCUUUUGUCUUUUUUUUUUCUCUUUCCUAUCUGAGAAGAAACAAUCGCCGUCACCGUGGGCAAUGAUUGGAUUUUCUUCCUCGUCUUGGAAGAUAUUUCGAAUGCUUUUCCUGUUUGCGCGUCGUGAUGUCUAUUCGGAGUAUUUUGGUUCUGAAAAAAAAAAACUAGCCGAAGACAUUGAGUUGUUUCCUGAUAGUUUAAAAGGAAGCGCGUUAAAGAUGUGUUUUUGGUUCAUAUGUGGAAGAUUUAGCGUACUGGGUUGAGUGGAGAGAAGGAUGCCUAUAGAUAGUAGUGAUUCCUUUCUGGGUCGAUAUGCAGAUUUCUCCUUAAGGCAGGCUGGUGUGGAUUCGUUAGCUUACAAUGAGUUUGGUUGAUAUCCAGUUGAUGGAGGUUGGAGAAUAUUGGAUUUAUGGAAUGCGGGAAGAUAGAAGCUUGAAGUUGCUCAAUACAAUGACAACCGUCCCAUGUAGAAACAUUCUAGUGCCUCAAUUUGGACUGCAACCUCAAGUAAUAUUAAGAAGUGCAUCUCCAGGAGUCAAGAUCUGUUUUUCUUACACGGCGCUCACACUCCAAACUGGUCUUACAUCAAGGAACAGUCUGUCAUCGUCACGAGCCAGUUUUCUUGGUCAAAUAUCUUCAUCUGCUCUGUACAAUUCCAGCCCACACCUAAAUACUAGGCGUAAUAGGAGGGCAGAAAUUGUCGUUAGAGCUGAAUCUGAUUUCUAUUCUAUCCUUGGUGUCUCAAGAAAUGCAAGUAAAUCCGAAAUAAAAAGUGCAUACAGGAAGCUUGCUAGGAGUUAUCAUCCUGAUGUCAAUAAGUGAGUGUAAAGUGUGUUUUAUGUGUUAAAUGGCAACAUUUAUGAUGGUUGUUGUUGACUUGUUAGGGUUGGAGUGUGUGUGUUAUUUGUUCAAAAUCAUGAAAUAGAAGAUAGUAUACUGCUUUCAGAAAAACAAAUAAAAAAAUAUUUUGUGUUUAAGAAUUAUAAUCACAUUAAGUUGCAAUGUGGUACUUAAUCUGGGUUAUGGAAGUUUGGACUAUAUUAUGAAUUCAGGAGCAUCAUGUGCAUUUAAAAUAAAUGAUGUGAUUGAUAUUAGUGAAGUAUGACCCCAUAGAAAGUGUCAAUUUUUUAUGCUUUUCGUGAAGAUUUGUACCAUUAUCAUUCAAGCAGCAGGUUAAUCAAUGCUUAUCCAGCUUACCACUGCUACUUCAUUCUUGUCAUCCAAUUUAGAAUUUCUGUCACCUCAUACUGAAAGGUAAAACAGAACGCUUGACUAGAAAGCGCCA